CAGCCUCCCAGGGCGGGUCGGGGCUCCCGAGCUCCCCGAGCCCGCCCUGCGAGCGGCGGCCGCGCUCUGAGGGGAGCUCCCGGGCCGGCACGGAAAGGUCUCGCUGGCCUCUGCCUCUGCCGCGUAGGUGGUGACGGGCAGCAGCAACAGUUAGACCGGUGCUUCUCUUCUCAAGGAAAGGUGUUCCAUUCCUUUUCACGACCGCGGUUUCGGCAUUAGGAAGCGAGCUCUAAUAUCGGAUACGCCCGGGGAUUGAUACAACGCGAAAGAAAUGACCACCCCAAACAAGACCCCACCUGGUGCUGAUCCAAAGCAGUUAGAGAGGACUGGUACUGUUAGAGAAAUAGGCUCACAAGCAGUUUGGUCUCUUUCAUCCUGUAAGCCAGGGUUUGGAGUGGAUCAGUUACGAGAUGAUAAUCUAGAAACUUACUGGCAGUCAGAUGGAUCACAGCCUCAUUUGGUGAACAUCCAAUUUAGAAGAAAAACAACAGUGAAGACCUUAUGUAUUUAUGCAGACUACAAAUCUGAUGAAAGUUACACUCCAAGCAAGAUCUCUGUCAGAGUAGGAAAUAAUUUUCAUAAUCUCCAGGAAAUCCGGCAGCUGGAAUUAGUGGAACCCAGUGGCUGGAUCCAUGUUCCUCUGACAGACACCCACAAGAAGCCCAUUCGCACCUUUAUGAUCCAGAUUGCUGUUCUGGCAAAUCACCAGAAUGGAAGAGACACUCACAUGAGGCAAAUCAAAGUGUACACCCCUGUGGAGGAGAGCUCUAUAGGUAAAUUCCCCAGAUGUACAACAAUUGAUUUCAUGAUGUAUCGCUCCAUCAGAUAAAAUUUCCUCAUGAGGAACAAUAAAGGUAUUUUUUCAUGACCAUAUCAUUGCUAAAGUAUUCAGAUACUUAAAGAGCAGGGUUUACUUCAGUGUAAUUAUAUCUUUAUACUUUGUACAGUUUUGAAAUAAAGAUAAUCUUGUGUUACA